UUAGUGCGCAUGCGCAACGAAUGACUGGCGCGAGGCGAAGAGUGUAAACAGACAUGGAGGAAGUGUCGUAUUCGGUUAAGACACCAGUGUUGGGAUGUAAAGUUCUCAGUAAAGGACGCCAUAUUGGACUCCAGCAGCUCAGAGCACUUGCAGGGACAGGGAUUACACUUCUGGGUCCAAAUAAGUCCUACAAGUUUAUUGAAGAUCAGGGAAGUGGGGAAUGUGCCCUAGCCUGUUCAGCGUUUCGACUUCUGGAGCAUUUGGAUUUCACGUGCGCUGUUGGACAGCUACUCAACGAGACAGUACAGGCUCAUCAAAAAGUGUUUAAGACGGGUACAGGGUGUCUGCUAUUUCUAGCUGGGGUGUGGAGCGUGGCUGUGCUAGAACUUCUUUGUACUGGGAUUCCUAUUACUGAUAUAAUAUCGGCAAUGUCAGAAGGGCUGGACUCAUGCUCGGAAGCCUGCAUGACAUGCUGUGUGGCCAUUGAAGAUAUUUUCAGCGUAGACGAUUGUGAGCUGGAAAAGCAAAUUAAUAGUUUAAAUGAUUUACAGAUUGCUUUUCCUUCUAACCAAUAUUUAGUCAGCUCGCAGCAAGUUUUUCUGAAUGACUCACAGAAUACUGCUCCAGCUUCUUUUUCUGAUACAGAAGUGUCAUCUUUCACUCAAGACAGACAUACAAAAAAACUAAUGACUCAGGAUGGUAAGGUCCCAGCUUCUCUAAAAAGAAAAAUAAAGCUGACGCAUAGCAGAUAUUUCAGUCCUAAGGAGGCAGAUUCUAAAGAUGGGUCACCGCAAGUGCAGUCGAGAAUUACUAACUUUACCCAUCUUUGCAGUGUCUUGAGUCAUGGAUGUGACUAUGGAAUGAAUUUAGCCUUAGAGGCAAACAGAAUUCAGACAGAGAGCAAAGGAAAAAAAGACAGUUGUCCCAGAACAUUUGAUGUGAGUAAGCUUGUUACAUGUGUCCUUCCUGGAGUGUUAGAAGGCCAGUCGUGUGCCACUUCAGGCUUUGUCACUGUUGUAUCUGUGGAGCUGGCUUCAUUAAUUAAAGAUUUCAAAGAUCAGACAGUUAAUGUUGUGCUCAUCAAUGGGGAUCUGAGUGAAAAGUAUCGACACGUAGGGUUCAGCACACACCCCAACAUCAGAAAUGUAACUGAAAACCUGGAUUCACUUGGACAUAAUCUGCAAGAUAAGUGGGUAAAUGCUGCUUUAACCUGUCUGUUGAAAUUGAAGGUAAAUUUGGUUUUAGUAACAGGUGUAGCUUGUGCCAGACUUACAGAGGUCUGUUUGAAAUGCAAAAUACUUGUAGUUGAGAGAGUGAAGCACAAUAUAUUAAAGGAUUUUUCUGAAACAACAGGAGCUUUGCCAGUGGCCUAUGUCACCCAUGUGAAUGAACACUGUGUAGGUGGUGGAGCACGUGUCAGUUUAUGGAGAGAAUGUAGUCAUAGUAAAGUGGCUAAAAUGGCGACCAUAAACAUCACUGUAAGUGGGACAGCACUUGUUACGGUAGUCAUUACAAGCCCUGUGAAUGGCAAACUUCAGGCAUUGGAGGACCAGUUCUGGAGCUCUGCUUAUCGACUUCAUCAUGCCCUGCAAGAUGGGAAGCUUUUUCCUGGUGCUGGGGCAAUUGAGCUGUUUUGUGUCCAACACCUUCAAAAGCUCAUAACACAGGACUCAGAGAGGACUUCUAAAGAAGAAAACAAAACCGCUGCCUCCUCUCGCCUACUGCACACAGCAGGGACAGCUGUUUCGUACAAAGGAAUGGUGUGGCAGCAUAUGGCUGAGGGAUGGAAAGAAUACGUUGCAACAGUGCUGUACAACACUGGUGUUUAUGCCUCAAAACUGGAAGCUUGUACUGUUGUAAAUCAGGCCUUGUGCCAAAAGAACAAAAGGAUGUCUUUAGCUCCAAAUUUCUCAGAAUUGCUUGUAGUUGGUAAUACUGCCAGUAAUGGACAUUCUGGUGUAAGUAGAAAAAAGGUGAGUGUCUAUGACAAUGUCACAGUAAAACUGGAGGCCUGGCGUAAGGCCCUAGACUUGGUCUUGUUAGUGCUUCAGACAGAUACUGAGAUCAUUACUGGUUACAGUGCUGAAGACAGAGGAGAACAAGAGAAUGGAUUAAUGGUGCUUUAAAAAUGUUCACAUUUUCUUGCUCUCAUUUGUGAUUCAUUUAGUACAUUUUGAUUCAAGAUGUACAUUUGUCUCGUGACCGACAGUAAUAACUGGCCUAUCCAGCAAAGACUGAAAAAUUCUUAUAAAAUUGAACUUCACAAUGUGAUCAAAAGUACAGUCUAAAAUGGCAAACGAGAACACAUUACAAAAUAGAUUCAUGUAUUUAGGUGUCCAUGAACUAAUGCAUUUAAAAUACCAUCUCUAGUACUUUUUAUAUAUUCAAAAUUUUUAGUUUUAAAAUAUUUCCAAUCUGGUAUAUUUUUACUAGAUUUUCUAGCAGUUCCACUGUCCCCCUGUGACAAAGGAUAUACAGUAUUAGCAAAAAAAUGUUCAAUUUCAUUGUAGCAGAGUGAAUGUUGUACAUAACAAUGGAAUGUUAGUUACUAAAAGAUUCCUUUGACAUAAAAAAAUAAUUUAUUUGAUGGAUUUAAAUUAUCAUUCAAUUAUUUUGUUCUAGCAGUCAGUAAAACGUUUCUGUUUAGGUAAUCUGGUCAGUAGUUGCACCUGUAGUGCAUUGAAUCCUAUGGAGUGCAGGUAUGAAGGUAGCAGACUGACCCUUAAAAGAAGAGGGCUAAGACCAGGGAGGGAGAGGUGAUACACAGAGGCACAGAGAGAGGAGGAGAAAGAGCCCAGUGAAAGCAAGCAGGACAACAGACCAGAAAACAAGUCGGCUAAAUCCAUUAUUAAUCUCUUAAUUUUUAUGUUCCCUAUGGGAAGUUUCAGCUCUAUGGACAAUGGAUCUGUGAUCUCGGCACGAUUCAAUUUUGAAUACAAAGGAGGACUGUGCUUCCAUUGCUCUCUUUGGAAAGCAGAUUAUAGAAGAUCUGCAGUUAACAUCUGCAGGACCUGUACAUAGGAUACACUAUGGUGUAGUGUAAUUCAACUUGUUUUCUAUUUGGGGUAAAGCUCUUUGUAACAUUAACAAAUUGUUUCUACUUUUACCAAUUUCCAGAAGUACUUGAGAGUGCUAUUAUUAGAACAGACUUACCCUGUAAACAUUGUGCUGUUAACCCACCUGCACAGUAGAUACCAGGGCAAAUUGUUACAAUGAUAACUGAAGUUUUUUUUCUAAAAUUAGUCCGGAACUUUGGUAUUACAGAUGUAGCAAGGGGCUGCCCUGAUGUUCUAAUUAAAACAAACUUUA